CUGAGAGGCCCUGGCAGAAGGGAGCUACAGAGACCAAACAUGAUGCUGAUCCGGCUGUGUCUGACCCUCUUCUUUCUCGGGUGCUCUAUUGCUGAGACCCCAGCACCUGUGCCUGAGGAUGAGUUGGUGGGCAUCGUGGGGGGCCACAGUGCCCCACAGGGGAGGUGGCCAUGGCAGGUCAGCCUGAGGAUCUACAGCUACUACAGGACCUCCUGGGUGCACAUCUGUGGGGGUUCCAUCAUCCAUCCACAGUGGGUGCUGACUGCAGCCCACUGCAUUCAUGAGAGAGAUACCGACCCAUCAGCCUUGCGGAUCCACGUAGGGGAUGUGUACCUCUACGGGGGCAAGGAGCUCCUCAAAGUGAGCCGGGUCGUCAUCCAUCGGGACUAUGUGUACGGUGUCCUGGGCUCAGACGUGGCUCUGCUGAAGUUGGAGAAACCCCUGGACUGCUCUGCUAACAUCAAACCUGUCAAGCUGUCCCCUGGGUCUCUUGAGGUCAACUCAAGGUACCCAUGCUGGGUGACUGGCUGGGGCAGUGUGCAGUGGUAUGGUAUGUAUCAUGGAAAGAUCUGGGAUGUGGGAACAAACUUGCCAUCUGACGACCCCUGGUUGGAGGCACUGAGGUCCUAGGGAACAGAAUCCAGGGAGAGAACAGAAGCAUGGAUGGUACAGAGCUCCUCUGGCUGCUUUUCCCGUUGUCCGUCAGAGCUCUGUGCCUGAGGUCAAUGGCAUGACU